AUGGCUGAGCAGCAGACCCCUACCUUCAAGCUCGUGCUUGUCGGUGACGGUGGUACCGGAAAGACCACCUUUGUCAAGCGCCACUUGACUGGUGAGUUUGAGAAGAAGUACAUGGCCACCCUUGGUGUCGAGGUUCACCCUCUUGGCUUCACCACCAACUUCGGUCAGAUCCAGUUCGAUGUCUGGGAUACUGCUGGUCAAGAGAAGUUCGGUGGUCUCCGUGACGGUUACUACAUCAACGGCCAGUGCGGUAUCAUCAUGUUCGAUGUUACCUCUCGUAUCACCUACAAGAACGUUCCCAACUGGCACCGUGAUCUCGUCCGAGUUUGCGAGAACAUCCCCAUUGUUCUCUGUGGUAACAAGGUCGAUGUCAAGGAGCGCAAGGUCAAGGCCAAGACCAUCACUUUCCACCGAAAGAAGAAUCUCCAGUACUACGAUAUCUCCGCCAAGUCCAACUACAACUUCGAGAAGCCCUUCCUCUGGCUCGCCCGCAAGCUUGUCGGCAACCCUCAGCUUGAAUUUGUUGCUGCUCCCGCUCUGGCUCCCCCCACUGCCCAGGUCGACGAGAAGCUCCUGGAGGAGUACCGCAAGGAGAUGGACGAGGCCGCCGCCAUGCCUCUGCCUGGCGAGCUUUCCGACGACGAUCUGUAA